AUGACCGUUCACUUUCUAAGUCAAACCCAACUGAAAACUUUAGUGUUAUGCACAAAAAAAUUAGACUGUAAUCAUACUGGUGCAAAUAUUUGUGAAAUUAUGCGCGAAGAAUUAAAUAAGUGGAAUAUUUUUGAAAAAGUUGUCGCAGUGGUAACGGAUGGUGGAGCAAAUAUUAAAUCUGCAGUCAGGCAUAUGGGACGGUCACAUUUACCGUGUACUGCGCAUAAAUUAAAUUUAAUAGUUCAAAAAGCAUUAGAAUUGUCAGAUAAUGAAGAGGUUGGACCAGAUGACAAUACUGAUGAAAGUGAUCUAAAAAAAAUAUUUAAGAAGUGUCGUAACAUAGUUGGUUUUUUUAAGCGAAGUGAAGUGGGUAACAGAAUGUUAGUCGAAAAACAGAAGCAACUUGGAAACGAAACGGUCCUUAAAUUAAAACAAGAUGUACGUACUCGCUGGAACAGCACAUUUCUUAUGUUAGAACGGCUAAUUAAACUUAAAGAACCACUCACCAUAGUGAUGAUGACUUUAAAAGGAGCUCCAACUAAUCUCAGCUCCGAAGAAUGGAAUAUAAUUGAGGAUAUGAUACCAUUACUAAGACCAUUUGAUAAGUUAACUGUUGAGCUCUCUGCAGAACAUUAUCCGAUCAUUUCAAUGGUUAUACCAUUAAUACGAGGUCUGCAAUGUUCAUUAGCAUCAAAAAAUCCAAAUACGCAACUUGGAAUAUUCAUUAAAAAUAGAUUGAUAGAAAAUACUACCAAGAACAUGCGUCAGGUGUGGCUGGCAGAAAGAGCUUUAGCCGAUCCCGCAGCUGGGCCACCAAGACCAGUGAGAAUGCAUUUCGUUGAAGACGCGGCCCGGGAUAGGGGCCGGAACAACCUGCCUACCGCAAAUGAAGUAGCAGCCGUGUUCGUAGGUGAAGGUGGUCAACCCUUUCACUUGUUUGCAGUUUUAGCUACCAUGAACCGGGCCAUCGACGGAUUUAAGAAACAAUGA